AUGGACACCCAACACAAUCUCUUUGUGGGACUGCAACACCUGGAGAGCAGAACCUUCCAGUCGUACUCUCCUAGUCAAACCGAUGACGAGCUCGGCGAUUCCAACACGUCUUACAUGCGUACGGACCAUCAGACCUUCCCUGGCUUCGUCAAUCUUCAGGGGGAUCCCGACCAGCAAGUCAAGCGAUAUCUGAAUGAUGACCAGCAUAGGUUCCUCUUCAACGCCGACGCUUCCAUCAACACAACACCAGCGCAGAGACACGCCCGGCGAGUAGGCGGAAUACAGCCCGUGCCGCCGCCAGUCCACGCCCGUUUCGCCAGUCCCUCCUCCUCGAUCGACCCUUGGAAUGGGACUAACAGCGCACUCAGUCCUGCCGCAGACACGGAAUCCUACCUCGAUAACUGUCCUACACCCCCUGACACCGCCGUACUUUCGCCGUCCUUCUUUCACUCGACAUCACUUGACCAGUGGCAGGACACCACCAGCCCUAUCCACUUCUUCGGCAUGGGACCAGUGUCGAAUGAUGGCGCCUGCGUCAACCCAGUUGAAGUCGAUCCCAGCCAGCAGCUGGGCUAUUGUGAACCUGAGGGGUCCAGCAUGGACUUCAACCUGACCUCCGAAUCAGCCUUUGGCACCGACAGCUAUUCCAUGCCGAGCCCAAUCAUGGCCGUCCAGGCCAAGGCAUUCUUGGGCCCCGAAGAGCUCUCUCCCGCCGUGGAGGACGAGGCCAAAGCGGCCCAGUAUCCGCCACCGCAGUCCCGAGGCGUCUGCGAGGACGAGGGCCAGGACGAGGACGAAGGUGAUGACGCAUCCGACGGAGCGGUGGGAGAGGCACAUACCAAGAGGAAGAUAGACUCCGACGACGACGACGACUACGUCCCAGGAAAGAAGUCCAUUGUCAGUGCAGGAUCCCGGAAGACCCGACCCAAGCAACCGUCUGGUGGACGCUCAACAAAGAAGAACCCGAAUAAGAAACCCAAGGUGCUUAGCGGCGGCGCGCAGUCGUCGGCAAUAGCAGCUUCUCGUCCCCGGGCGGCGAAACCCUCAUUUCCCUGUCCCAAUUGCGACCAGGCAUCCUUCAAGGACGCGAGCAGCCUAAAGAGCCACAUCAAGAAGAGCCACACCCGGCCGUUCACCUGCGUCUUCCAUUUCGCCGGCUGCCCCCUGACCUUCCCCAACAAGAACGAGUGGAAGCGCCAUGUGAUGACCAAACACAUCCUCCUCCACUACUGGGUCUGCACGGAAGGCCAGUGCGGUGUGGCAGCCCGGGGCGGCGCGGACGGCGCAGCGCCAGGCACGAGACGCCGGCCCCGCGGCCCCGCGUCGGAGGGCCCGUCCAACCUGGGCACCCUGCCGAAGCUCGUCUUCAACCGCAAGGACCUGUUCACGUCGCACAUCCGGCGCAUGCACCAGCCCCCCCAGGACGAGAAGCCGGGCAGGCAAGGGCACAAGCGGACGGCGAACAACAACAACGAGAGCAAGCGGCUCCUGGAGAAGAGCGAGCAUGAGCGGCAGCGGGACUCGUGCAGGCAGCGCUGCGACCUGCCGCAGCACAUGGCGUGCCCCGUCGCGCAGUGCGGCACGCAGUUCCAGGGCGCGGGCGCGUGGGACGAGCGCAUGGAGCACGUCGCCCUGCACCUCGACAAGGCCGCGCAGGGCGCGGAGCCGGCCGUCACGUUCGGCGGCCCCGGGGACCCCACCCUCCUCGAGUGGGCCGCCGCGCCGGGCGUCGACAUCGUCAGGCGCGUCCACGGCGCGUGGGUGCUGAAUGGCCUGCGGGUGGGCGGCCCCGAUGUGGAUUCUGAGGCUAGAUCUGAGGCGAGCGGCGCUGUGGAUGUUGGUUACGAGGAGGAGGAGGAGCAGGAGGAGGAGGAGCAGGAGGAGGAGGAGGAGCAGGAGGAGGAGGAGGAGGAGGAGGUGAGGGGCGAGAUCGUGGUUGACCAUCGGUGGAACCCGGAUGAGGACGCCGAGGGGGAGGAGUAUGAUGAGUGA